CCAUGGUGAAGUAUACAGAUUUUGUGCUAUCAUAUCCUUGUACUUCGUUUGCACAUUGCUUUCAAAGGCACAGCUCGUCGAUUAAAACAAAUGCAGCAGGUCUUCACUGAAGCUUGUAUGCCCUUCUUGUCUCCCCAGACUUUCUUUCGUCAUUGAAAUGCAAACAGAGAUACCGGUACUUUCGUUCAUUUCCGCGGUACUGGUUCUCUUUCCAUUGCCUUGGUAUUGUCGGGCUGGCAACAUUGCUGCAAUGUCUAUUGGAAUUUGGCUCUUUGUUGUGAACAUGAUUAAUGCUAUAGAUGCCCUCCGGUGGACUGGGGCCUACCAAAUACCAUCCUUAUUCUGGUGUGACAUCACUUCGGCACUGAUAACAGCCGUAAAUGUAGCGAUACCCGCGGCAUGUCUCUGUAUUUGCAUUCACCUGGAACGGAUGGCGUCUUUCUGUCAAACGUCCACCUCUAUAACAAAGCGACGCCGCAUCUUACUUGAAUGUCUGAUAUGUUUCGGAGUUCCAUUAGUAUAUGCAGCACUGCAUUUAAUUGUUCAACCUCGACGCUUUGAUGUGUAUGAAAAUUUUGGAUGUCGCUCGGCGACAUAUCCCACUGUUGUGGCUUUGUUCGUGGUCUGGAUACCGCCGCUUGUACUUUCUCUUCUUACUAUAUUUUUCUGUGGAAUUACUUGGCGCCACUUUCUCCUUCAUGGCGUCCAUUUUUCGAGGACACGUGCAUCUUCCUCGCUUACUUCUGGAGCCUACAUUCGGCUCGUCAGUAUGGCUGUUUCAGAAGUCAUCUGCACUAUUGCCGCAACUGUAGUGGCCAUGGCAUUUAAUCUAACCUUAGGGCUGGCUCCUUGGGCAGACUUCACCCGAGAUUUGACGGAGGUCUUGUCAUUCAGCUCCGCUGCGACACCCAAAUCAAUCACUGCGAUGCUCAUUACUGAAUGGGCAAUCAUGGUCGCGCAAUCAUUCUUCUUCAUCGGAUUGUUUGUCCUUGGAGAGGAGGGGCGCAGUCGAUCACAUGAGGCUCUACAGGUGAUGCGCAGGGCUCUCAGUUUCUGUGGGAGACGUUCGACCUGUAUCGCCGAGCUCAAGGGUACAUCUAUGACAGAAUGGUAUGUUCCUUUGUGUCACUAGCAGAUUUCUUCUGAAAACAUCUCAUCAGCGACUUGACACCAGUUCCGUCUCUGACCGUCCUCGAGUUCAAGAGUGCCACCUCUCAAUCUAGUAUGGAACGCACUUACCAUGGUUAUUCAUCCGGGAAAUCUCUUCCGCCUUCACCUGCCCCCUCGCGGCCCCCAUUACUUGACCUUACAGGCGCGAAGCAAUUGGAAGAAAGUCAUGAAUUUCUUGAUCCUGCACUCCUCCCUCUAGAGUCGCCUUCCAGCUACUCUACUAUCGCAUCUUCACAUAAUUCUCUCCAAUCAAAUUUCGACCCGCAACAACUUGUUAUAUAUUCAACACAGUGGCCUAAACCCCCAUCAACAGUCAUUGUUCGACCACGCUCGGUGAGGUCCCCUAGCAUGAACUUUCUCCACACCGAAGGUUCGC